GUAUACUUUGACUGAACCUGAAGACAGAAAUUGGGGAACUUUUACUGACGAAGCUAAGACAACGUUCAAUGGAUUGGUCGGACAAUUGCAAAGGAAGGAAGUUGACAUUGUGGCGGCACCCAUUACCCGACAAGCGCAAAGAAGCCCUGCUAUGGAUUUCAGCUAUUCCUAUUUUUAUGAAUAUACAACUGUUCUAAUUAAGAAACCCGACGUUAACGCAGGAAAAUGGAAAACAUUGAUAGAUCCAUUACGUUGGGAAGUGUUGGGGACAGUAGGGUCAUUAUUGAUUACUGUCACAUUUCUAGUGUAUAUACUAGAGAAAAAUAACCCAUUCUAUAGCAAUCCACAAAACGCGCAAAUGAGAAUAGCUCAAGGCGGUCUUCACGAAAUACAUAGUUCAUUCUGGUAUGUGUUCGGAGCAUUACUUUGUCAAGGUGGUGUUCAUCUCCCAUUGUCAACUUCCGGUAGAACAUUGAUAAGUUGUUGGUGGUUAACUUGUAUAAUCAUUGUGGGAACAUACUGCGGCAACCUUAUUGCAUUCCUCACGAUAACAAAAGAACAGCCUCCUUUCAACACAAUAGCGGAGAUGCUUGAACUCAAAGGCACUUACAAAUGGGGAACAGUUGGUGGCACUAACUGGGAAAUGGUAUUUCCGACCUCGAGCAAUCCUACAUUCAAAGAAGUUGGCGAAGCAUUUCUUGAAUUCAACAAAGCAGACCCUACUAUUCUACAUCAAGUUCCAGAGUUCCAUAUAAACCGUGUACUUAACGACAAUAACUAUGCCUGGAUAGGUGACAAAACCUACAUGGAAAUUUACAUGGCUAGAGAAUGCAGCCUUCUUUCGAUAAAGGAAGAGUUUAUGCCGAUGAUCUAUGUUUUUGGCUUUACGAAGAAUUCGCCACAUACCGCCAUUUUCUCAGAACAAAUGCUGAAAAUACACGAAGGUGGAUUGUUCCAAAUUUGGAAAAGGAAAUGGUGGCCCAAAUCAAAUUUUUGCGAGGGAAAUCAAAUUCCAGAAGCAAAGCCUAUUUCUUUAAUGGAUGUGCAAAGUGCCUUUUAUGUAUGUGUCAUCGGAAUUUUCGUAGGUUUUGUUGCCUUUACUAUCGAACUUGUUGUGCAUAAAUAUAGACCACAUACUACAUCAACCAAUGUAGCAUCAAAUGAAGAUUUACCCAACUCGAGUGAUAAUGGCAAAACUAAUCCAAAGUCAGAGGAAGCUGUAGGUGAUAAGUGAUUCGUCGAUCUGGUUUUAUUUUCAGUAUUAGAAAUCUUGCUCAAUCAAUACAAAAACCCAAUUUCGGAAAAAAUUUAUGUGUAACUUAUAUGCUCAUUCUUAAAUGGUAUAAUCUGCUGUUGUAAAGUAUGAUUAUGGAGUUAUUUUUUGUUAAAUAUCAAGGUCAAAUUGAGCAAAAAAAAUAAAUUUGAAUAAUUAUCUAGAGCGGUUAGUCUUUUGUUUUGAAGUUUAUUCCUUCAUUACUUCAAUUAUGUUUUUCUUUGUGAGUUUUUGUUUGUUUGUUUCUUGCUUUGCUUUUAAGAAUACGAGUACUUUUUGUGCAAACACGGUUAGUGAUUCGAACCGAACAUUCCAUGAUUUAGUUCUUUACAGAUAGCCGUAUUGCUGAUUAUAGAUAAUGUGUAGGCUCAAGAAGCUUAGAAAGGUGCAUGCUUACAAUAAACUACAUUAAAUGUUAAAUGGCCAUCCGAUAUCAAUGGUUUCAGACUUAUUCGUAGACGAUCAAGCCAUGACGGAAAUAUAAUAUGAAUGCCUAUUCAAGUGAGAAUGAGCAAGUUCAAUGAUAUAAAUUAAACAGUGACAGAGUGUCUGUUGUGAACACGUCAUGUAUGAC